AUGCCUGACAUCAGCGCUCCAUUUCUGCCUACGAUCAAAUGUACCGGCUGCCAUCUCUAUAUUGACAUUCGAACAUUGGACAAACAUGCUUGUGUUCCCAUCAUUAAAACCAGCUCGACACUGCCCUUGUCCGAAUCCAUUGACAUCCAAGACAAUCAAGCAUUACCGCCUCCCAGCACGCAGAGACGGUCUAGAGAGAGAUCGAAUGCUCUAAACAAUAGUGUCAGACGUAUAUUCCAGAAAAUUAGGGGCAAUGAUCAGCAGUACAAGAGCACAGACAGCAGCAUGCUAUCACCCACUCUAUCCAUGUUCUCGUCCGCAUCAUCGCAUCAAACCAUCCCAACCCCAAGAUCAUCGGAAGACCAUAUCCAGCAGUACCUGUUGAAGCAAGAUACGGAUUCCAUUAUUUCUCGAGAGAGCAACAACAACAGUCUGAUUCGUCUCGAGUCAAGAGAUCGCAAAAAACCAGUUACCGAGACAGCAGUACUCGAACAAUUAGUCACCAGCAUGAACAUCAAAGAUGACCUUUGUCAAGCAUGCUCCAAGUUCAUCACUUUUUGCGAUGAUGAGGCUGUCAAAGACCCUAUUACUCAAUACAGCUAUCACCAGGCAUGCUAUUGUUGCAGUCUUUGUCGAGUGUCAUUAUCCAUCUCUAGCUCAUUCAAAUACCAUGGCAGACUAUAUUGCGUUCGAGAUUACCAAGUGAUGAAAUCAAGGUCAGUCAGGGGCCUAGUCCAUCGUUCUGUGCUGUCAUUCAUUGCAUUGUGA